CGCCACAAGUCGGCAUUGCCGCUUUGGUCAAGGAAGUCGUCCCUUCCAGCACGGUGUGAUAGUGCUCGAGAUUGUGCGGCGUCGUAUUAAUCAACAAUACGAGCUUGGCCGGGAUGCGGUCCGCAUAGCCGUAUCACAUCUGGCAUGACGAAAGGCAGCAUGGAACGCAGCAGCGAAGGCAGCAGCAUUGAUGGAGGUAUAAAUUCCUCGUCCUGCCCUUCCUGUUCAUCAGCACAUCCUGCAUCACCUUCAUCAACAGCCAGCAGCACGCAGAAUGUCUUCCUUCCAUGUCUACCGGGCAGCUCUGCUGCUCUCCAUCCUCGCUACCAGCCAGGCUCAGCAGGUCGGCACCUACCAGACCGAGACGCACCCGUCAUUGACCUGGCAGACCUGCACCAGCAGCGGCUGCACCACCAACGACGGUGAGGUUGUCAUCGACGCCAAUUGGCGCUGGGUCCACCAGACCAGCAGCUCCACCAAUUGCUACACCGGCAACAGCUGGGAUUCCUCCAUCUGUACCAGCGAUGAGACUUGCGCCGAGAACUGCGCGCUCGAGGGUGCCUCUUACGAGUCCACUUACGGUGUCACCACGGACGGCGACGAGCUGCGCCUGAACUUUGUCACCUCGUCCUCCAGCAAGAACAUCGGGUCUCGUCUGUACCUCAUGAGCGACGACAGCAACUAUGAGCUGUUCAAGCUCUUGAACCAGGAGUUUACCUUUGAUGUCGACGUCUCUCAACUUCCUUGCGGUCUCAACGGAGCGCUGUACUUUGUUGCCAUGGACGCCGACGGCGGUACCUCCAAGUACUCGGGCAACAAGGCCGGCGCCAAAUACGGCACUGGCUACUGUGACUCGCAGUGUCCGAGAGACUUGAAGUUCAUCGACGGUGAAGCCAACUGUGACGGCUGGGUGCCGUCGACCAACAACGUCAACACUGGUGUUGGUGACCACGGCUCCUGCUGCGCCGAGAUGGACGUUUGGGAAGCGAACAGCAUCUCGACGGCGUUCACCGCACACCCCUGCGACACUCCCGGCCAGGUCAUGUGCGACGGUGACGACUGUGGCGGAACAUACAGCUCCACGUCUGACCGUUACAGCGGUACCUGCGACCCCGACGGCUGUGACUUUAACACUUACCGUCUUGGCAACACCAGCUUCUACGGCCCCGGCCUGACCGUUGACACCAACAGUCCUUUUACCGUGGUGACGCAGUUCAUCACCGAUGACGGCACCUCGUCCGGCACGCUGUCUGAGAUCCGGCGUCUGUACGUGCAGAACGGCGUGGUGAUUGCCAACGGCGAGUCGUCGUACUCGGCCGCGAGCGGAAACUCCAUCACGUCUGAUUUCUGUGAUGCGGAGAAGACGCUGUUUGGCGACGACAACGUGUUUGACACCCACGGUGGACUCGAGGGCAUGAGCGCCGCCAUGGCCCAGGGUAUGGUUCUGGUUCUGAGUCUGUGGGAUGACUAUGCGGCCGACAUGCUCUGGCUGGACAGCAACUACCCGACCAACAAGUCCUCCACUACCCCUGGAGUGGCCCGCGGUACAUGCAGCGUUGACUCUGGUGUGCCGUCCGACGUGGAGGCGGAAUACCCGAACGCGUAUGUCAAAUACUCGAACAUCAAGGUCGGACCGCUUGGGUCGACCUACACGAGUGGAUCGGGAUCGAGCUCAAGCUCCAGCUCCAGUUCGACUACUGCCAAGGCCACUUCGACUACCAGCAAGGCCACUACCACCACUAGCACUGGCACUUCGACCGCGGUGGCAUCCGCGUAUGCGCAGUGUGGUGGACAGGGAUGGACGGGAGCGACGCAGUGCGUGAGUGGAUACACUUGCACAUACCAGAAUGCGUACUACUCGCAGUGUUUGUGAUGCUGCAGCCUGCAGAAGAUUAAGCGUGCAGGGGUUAUCUGCAGAGGGUGAUUGCAGGGAAGGUUGCAGGUUUAGGCUGCAGAAUAUAGUGAUGUAGUUAGCCGUACUAGGAAUACGAUCAAUUGCUUUGGAACCCA